AUGGCUUUGGCUUAUAUUACUGGUGGACAAUAUGUUCCAAUGGUCGAUGCUCAACUAUUAGCAAAGAUUAUUAUUGGUGGAGUUCGUGAAGAAAUGUCGUUAGAUCGUCUAAUGCAAAAUGCGUUGCCUGACAUUGAUUGCGAAAUGAACAAAGCCGAAUCUGAAGGAAUAGAUGAAAAAGCUCAAGCAAAACGAGUUCGUGAUAUUUUUUCUUCGAAAAAUAUAUGUUUAAAACGAAUGAGAAUUUCUCAUGGUGCAUUUUCAUCUGCCGCUACAGAUGGAUAUGCAAAAUGUCCUGAUAUGGCAGAAAUGAGAAUUCAAUUUCGGUUACAAUCAGAAGCUACUCCAACUGUUUCGACUACUAGCAGACAUACUGGAUCAGCAUCUGAAACGGAUUAUGAUCUAUUGGACGAUGAAGUCUUUCCGUUAAAGCAAUUAACAUCGAACCCAUAA